UUCGGAGAUAAAAAUUCAAAGUUUUUUAUUAAAAUUUUUAUUUUCCUUGAAAUUAUCGAGGAAAUCGUCGAUAAAAAUUAUAAAAUAAUUUAACCUGAAUUAUUCGCAAAGAGAAAGUUAAUAUCAAGGAAAAGUAAUCAAAGAUGGUCCUAACGUGUCGCUUUUACAAGCAGAAAUAUCCCGAGGUCGAAGAUGUAGUUAUGGUCAAUGUAAGAUCAAUAGCUGAAAUGGGAGCUUAUGUCCAUCUGCUAGAAUACAACAAUAUCGAAGGAAUGAUAUUACUGUCUGAAUUGUCAAGAAGACGUAUUCGAUCGAUUAAUAAGCUCAUUCGUGUGGGAAAAACGGAACCAGUUGUUGUUAUUCGUGUUGAUAAAGAUAAGGGAUAUAUUGAUCUGUCAAAACGACGAGUGUCACCCGAGGAUGUAGAAAAGUGUACAGAACGAUUUAGUAAAGCAAAAGCUGUUAGUUCCAUUUUGAGACACGUCGCUGAAUUGUUGAAAUAUGAGAACGAUGAUCAACUAGAAGAAUUAUACCAGAAAACAGCCUGGUAUUUUGAGGAGAAGCAUAAAAAUAAAACUGCAUCUUAUGACAUCUUCAAGCAAGCCGUAACGGAACCAGCACUUCUAGAUGAAUGCAAUUUAGAUGAAAACACAAAGAAUGUUCUCUUGACGAAUAUUAAAAGAAAAUUGACUUCGCAAGCAAUGAAAAUUCGCGCUGACAUUGAAUGUGCAUGUUAUGGCUACGAAGGAAUUGAUGCAGUAAAACAGGCAUUACGAUCAGGGCUUGAGGCAUCGACUGAGGAGAUUCCAAUCAAAAUCAAUCUUAUUGCACCGCCAAUUUAUGUCAUAACUACAUCCACUCCUGAAAAGAAUGACGGACUUAAGGCUCUUGAGAUCGCAAUAGAUAGAAUUAAGGCAACUAUCGAAAAACUUGAUGGACAUUUCGCUAUUCAAAUGGCUCCAAAAGUCGUUACUGCAAUCGAUGAAGCUGACUUGGCUCGACGAAUGGAACGCGCUGAAAUGGAAAAUGCUGAGGUUUCAGGUGACGAAGACGAGAGUGAAAAUGAGGAAGGCAUGAAAUUUGAUGGUGAUGCCGGUGAGAAUAAUACAGGCGACAAAGAUUCCAACAAGAGCGGUUCCGAUGAGGAUUAAUAAGGAUUUUUUUUUAUAUUUGAUUGAAUAUAAAUAUGUUUAACAUGUUAAAUAAACUAUAAAGCCAACUGAUAACAAAAUUGAGGAUCGGAAAUCUUUGAAUUAUACAGUUAUGAUUUUUUUUUAUAUGGAUCGCAUCAAAUCUUUUAAUUUAAUUCUAGUGUUAUAAGUCGGCUUUUUACAUACCACUAACUCAUGAAUGAAUAAAUAAUAACGUGAAUAAAGGAGGAAUGAAUGAGU